GUUCAAUAUAUUAAAGACUACACUAUUUUAUACCCCUACCCAAAUCCAGACGUUGAUUCCCUCUGAUUCUCCGGCGAUCGACACUAUAAAUCACCGCUUCCUACAAUCGCUUAAUCACCGAUCGAUACUACAGAAGUUUAGAACAUGCAAGACCAUGGUGGGAUGAUUCCCGUCGAGGAAACAGUUGUACCAAAGCCAACAAAACGGAAACCCGCUGCACGAAAGCUUCCAAAGAACCCGAUCCCCGAAACCAACAUGCAGGGUGUUCAUGAACUAACCCGCCCUUCCAAAAGAAACUCCAAAACCGAAUCACCCCAAAUCUUCCAACAACAAGAAAAGUCAACUUCCGAUUCCUUACCCGAUUCUUCAACGAGUAACGAGUAUCGUUCCUUGAGGCGCAAGUAUUUACUUCUUGAGGAAGAAAGCUUCAAUCUGGGAAGAGAAACAAAAGAGAUUCAAGAUGCGGUUAAAUCUCUAGAGGACGAAAAGCUCGUGUUAUUGGAUGAACUUGUUGUGUUGGAAGGUCUAGUUGACCCUUCUGAGAUGGACCCCACUUCGCGUUCAACGUAAUUUUUUUAUAUUUUAAUUUGUUAACAUGUUAACAAGGUUAAUAGGUGUAGUACAGUAUGUAUGUAAAACUGGCUUUUUGAUUGAAUAUUUAACUGUUGGUGCUUGAAUGUGCAACUUGAAUGCAGUUUUCUA